AUGCACCUCUCACAGUCACUUCUUAUCAACAUCAGUCCAACUCACGAGGCUAUUCUCGAAGAGGCCUCACGCAUGCCGCUCUCCACCAAGCAAAUGGAGUAUCUCGCUCUCGCCUGGCAAUGCUUCGACACCGAGCCAAAGAUCGACUAUGACAAGUUCCGCGAGGUUGCUGGCCUCGCCAGCGCCGCGUCCGCACGCGAGCUGAUGCGCGUCACCAAGAAGAAGCUGAAGGAGGAAUACGGUGCCCUGGGAGCUGAGGUCGCUGACAGAAAUGGCAAGACGUCUCCGUCUAAGAAGACUGCCACUGCGGUCACUUCGACACCAAAGUCGGGCGCCAAGCGCGGUAGACCUCCCAAGUCUCUUACUGAGGACGAUGCUGAAGAGGACGUGGACGCACCUGCCAAGAGAAGCAAGCCUGCUUCGAGCAAGAAAAAGGCCGCUGAGAAGAAGAAUGGCCGGAUCAAGGUUGAGCCGGACGUCGAUGYAGGUGCAGAUGCGGGUGCAGAUGCAGAUGCAGAUGCGGAUGCGGAUGCGGAUGAAGAAAUCAUUUUCAUUUGA